AUGGUGCGUAUUUCAACUCUGCUCACCCUUGUGGGCUUUCUUCCUCUCAGUGCUGUAUUUGCGUUUCCGCAAUAUGCGUCGUCAACAAGCACCGCGUUGCCUACUGCGACAGCUGUCGUCCCCGGGCUGAACUACCUAGCCAGAAAUUCCGGGAAGCUCUAUUUUGGGACGGCCACUGACAACCCUGAGCUUAAUGACACGACGUACACGUCUAUCAUGGAUAAUUAUCUGCACUUCGGGCAGCUCACACCGGCAAACAGCAUGAAAUGGUACGCAACGGAGCCCGAGCCUGGAGUGUUCACUUUCGAGGCAGGUGAUGUCAUCGCAAAUCUCGCGCGUUCAUACGGCAUGUACCUGAGAGGCCACAAUUGUGUAUGGUAUGAGGAGCUCCCAGACUGGGUGACGGCCAACAACUAUACCGCACCGGAGCUUGCGGAGAUCGUCGCAAAUCACACUGGAACAGUAGUAGGGCACUAUGCUGGUCAGGCAGAUGCUUGGGAUGUUAUCAAUGGUAUUACCACAACCCGAAACAUGAUUAUCUUUUCUUAUCGGUAUUUCAUGAUUUUCGUAGAGCCUCUCAAUGACAACGGCACCUUCCGCGAGGACGUUUUUUACGAUACUCUGGGAGAAAGCUACAUUUCUAUCGCCCUUCGAGCCGCUCGCGCUGCAGACCCCCACGCAAAACUUUAUAUCAACGACUACAACACAGAAUACGUCGGCGUGAAGUCUACCGCGUUGCAAAACCUAGUGAAGCAGCUGCAGGCUGACGGCGUGCCAAUCGAUGGCGUUGGCUUCGAGAGCCAUUUCAUUGUCGGAGAAGUACCAACAACGAUCGUCGAAAAUAUGCAGGCGUUUGCCGCGCUAGGACUGGAGUUCGCGAUUACGGAGCUCGACAUCCGCAUGGAACUCCCGGCGACUGUUGAACUGUAUGAGCAGCAGAAGACGGACUACUAUACUGUCGUGUCGGCGUGUAUGCAGGUUGAGCAAUGUGUCGGCGUCACUGUCUGGGACUGGACUGACAAGUACUCUUGGAUCCCGUCAUCUUUCCCCGGCUACGGAGAUGCUUGUCCGUGGGAUGCGAACUUCGUCAGGAAGCCGGCAUUUGAUGGCAUUGCUAUUGCAUUCGAGAACCAAAGUGAUUCUUGAAGCAUAAAGUGGCAUACAAAUGAGUCGAAUGUGGAACAUACCGAUUGUAAGCGGGGCAUGUUAUGUGAUGAUUCCGGAACGCAUAGACCUGCACUCGUCUGCAGUUUAGGCCGCCAGUACGUAGCUAUUUUGAUAACAACCCAGAUUAUCCGUCUCGUUGGCAUUCAUUCUCGUCAUAUCUGUACACUAGCGGAUAAUACAUACAGGACUACAAGCUGUAAAA